GCUGGUCUCGCAGUGCCGUGCUGGAGCUGUACCGGGCGCUGCUCCGCGCAGGGCGUCAACUUCAGUACACUGACCGCAAUUACUAUCGUCGUGCCGUGGCUCGCGAGUUUCGCCGCUGCCAAGCCCUGACGGUACCUGAAGAUAAGGAGGACGCACUGAAGAGGGGCCAGUUCUUCCUCAACAGCCGAUUGGGUGGGCUUAUGUAGGGGAACGGGCCACGGGUUUAAGGUCAUCUGGAGGUUUAUCUCCCAGUGAAAGGAUGGCGGGGGUGAAUGGAGACCGUAAAGGGAAGAAAGAUGACAAUGGGAUUGGCACAGCCAUUGACUUCAUGCUUUCCAAUGCUAAGCUUGUGCUGGGGGUGGGAGGAGCAGCCAUGCUCGGCAUUGCAACACUUGCUGUCAAAAGAAUGUAUGACCGUGCAAUAAGUGCUCCCACCAGCCCCACCAAUAUGGAGCCGACGGGACAGAGAAGCUGGGAGGAGCCCGCCUGGAUGGGUUCGUCACCACGGGUACUGAACCAUGACAUGAAGUCCACAGUUAGCAGGUCUCUACAGUCUCUGCCUACUUCCUCACAUGCUUUUGAACCAGACUGUCUGCGGAGGGCUGUGGGUCGAGCUGCUGUGGGAGGCAGCGGUGCCACUCAGUCAGACCGCCAGCGGGCCCGAAUGCGUUUGUCCCUGCAGGAACAUCUGUGGGAGUUCUACCAAAAUAAUGUGAACAUCCCUACUGAGGAGCAGGCUGUGGCUAGGAGGGCUGCGCUGGACAUCUGCGCCGAACUCCGAGUGUUCCUUCAUGCCAAACUGCCUGACAUGCCGCUCCGAGAGAUGUACCUGAGUGGCAGUCUGUAUGAUGACCUGCAGGUGGUGACAGCGGACCACGCCCAGCUCAUGGUGCCUCUUAUCUUGGAGAAGAACCUGUGGUCGUCCAUCCCCGGGGAGGACACCAUCAUGAAUGUCCCGGGUUUCUGGCUUGUCCGCAGGGAGAAUUUGGAGUAUUUCCCGCGGAACAGCAGCUACUGGGACCGCUGCAUGGUCGGAGGCUACCUCUCCCCUAAAUCAGUCCUCGAGGUCUUUGACAAGCUCGUGGCUGGCUCCAUCAACUGGCCAGCUAUAGGGAGCGUCCUCGACUACAUCAUUCGCCCUGUGGUUCCCUCAGAAACACUGACCCUGGAGGUGCAGUACGAGAUGGACCGGAAACUGUACGUGGACUUCCUACCGUUACUUGUGAUGGAGGACGGAACCUCGCUGAUCGCCAAACCACAUCGACUCGCUGCAGAGCGCCACGAGAACCUGUGGCGGCAGAGCUUCCGUGUGGCUGAGACGGCGCGACUCAGGGCCCUGGACCAGGAGGACGGAGGCUGCCGGUGCGCCUGCCUAAAGCUGGCGAAGGCCGUGUGCAAGCUCAACCCUGCCCUUCACCGACUCAACGCCAGCCAACUCACCAACACCAUCUUGUUGCUAUGCGAAAAAGAAGGCGACUGGACCCGGGAAGCGCUGGCCGACCGCUUCCUACAGCUGCUACGAGCGCUAGUGGGACACCUAGAGGCCGGGAGGCUGCAAUGUGCCCUCAGCCCUAAAGUUAACUUAUUCUGUGAGCUGACUGAACAAGAAGUGGACGAGCUGGGAUACACGCUCUACUGCGCCCUCUCAGAUCCCGAGGGGCUGCUGAGAACUGCUGUGGCACAGCCGCCCCAACCCUGACAACCUCGUAUAAUAACAUCACUAAACGGCAACGUGGCAUUCAAAUUUCAACAACUGAUUUUUGGGCAAUGGUGACCUAGAGUCAUGAUGAGGUUCCUGAAGGAAAAAAACAACUUCAUGGAAUGGUCCUCUGUCCUGAAACACUCGUCCUCUUCAGUCUUAAAUGCCAUCAGUAAGAAAAUGGGGUAUAAACGGUAGCAGUUACUUAGUGUUGAGAUGUGUAUGAGUGUUGACAUGAAAGCUGUAUGUGGUGUGAUCACGCAAAGCCCUAUUGCCGUUCAUGGCUCUCACUAAAGCCAUUGUAUUAAUGAAGUUAAGAGUAAACUGUAUGCUGUUAGAGCCUGAUACAUUGGAAUAUAGGGAUUGUACUUUGCAUUGGUUGAUCAUAUUAAAAUGGAAGGGGAAGACAGUAUGUUAUUUUUAACUUGUUGGAGUUUUAGGACGGACACGUCCAAUGCAGGUAAAUGUUGUGUACUCUGUUUUGAGAUAAGUCCAAGCCACUGUGUCAAGGGACAGAGUGUAAUGUUGAUUGUGUGUACGCCAACCCAAAAGCUAAUAAAUUCAUAUCGGCCUAAGGAGACAAGCUGUCUUUUCAUGCUCCUUUUUGUUAGUACUGCUAGUGCUUUGAUAUUCAGUUUGAAAUGAAUGUUUUGUAAGAACUUCAUUAAUACAGUGGCUGCGGUCAAGAUGUAUGAUGCUGUCCAUGUUUCCAGGGAUCUGUGAAAACGGACAUUAGGCUGUGAUUGGAAUGUGUGCAGCUUGCAUGUGUUAUAUUUACCUAAUCUAGAAGCAGUCUCUUUGUAAUAUUUCAAACUCGCACCAUUCAACUAUACAUCUGAUGAAAAGUUGAAUAUAUAUCCAAACAGUGGAACAUACUACCAUUUAUGGAGUCAUGAAGUCUGAACAACACAGCGCCUCCAUUUUCUCAUACGCUUAUUUAGGCCAGAACGGAAAAUGUUUCCAUGUGACUGACUUGUCUAAUACUGAGCUGCUCUUUGUUCUGAAAAGGGUUUCUUCUUCAGUCUCGCCAUUUGUUACAUUGGUAAACAGGUCUGAUACGCUUUAUCUAAUUUUUUCCAACACCGGUUAUUUUGCGCUGUCAAAAUGUUAGUAAGUUGGUCAAAAGGAUCUCUGUAGGACUCAAAGUGCUUUUGUCUACUUGUUUUCGCUUUCAUUUAAAAUCCAAUUUAGAUCCUCUUUCCUCUAAAUGAUAACCUUUUAAUAUUGACAUGGGUACUUAAAAUCCUGCACCGUUGGCUGAAUACAACAACACACUGCUGAAAACAUUGUACUAAUGUUUGUCAUUUGGUGAAUUAGUCUCAGUAUUAACUUCCUGGCCUGAUUGCAGUUAGAGCCUUGAGCCUGCCACCUCUGUAGUUUCAGUACUGUGUGUCUGUAUGCACACUAGUGCACGUUUUAAGUCCACAUUAAGCCCUGAUUACAUUAUAGGUGCCCAGUCUGUCUAGAAUAGGUAGCCAGACAUGGAUUAGUGGAGUACACGAGGCCAUGCUGUUGGUCAGUUCUGACCAUGUACAUGAAGUGUACCAACAACACAUCACCUGUACUGAUCACUAUUCACAGGCUGCUUCUGUCUGCCAGGACAACGUGUAUAUUAAUAGAUUACAGGUGCUUAUCUCUUAUAGAUCAUGAUCUGGUAGAGAGGGAUCUACUCACAGAUCCUCAGUUAUAUAAAAGCAGCUUUGAUAGCAGAUGUUCCUGACGCUAGAUUAGCCUGCUACUCAUUGCAGGCGACAGCAGGUGGAGUCGUUACAGCAAUAGCUGCCAGACUGUCAAGUGGGGUUUGUGUCUUCUCUCUAAAUGACAUCCUAAAGUGAUGUCCAAAAUAAUGAAAUGCUUUUUGUUCUCACUUGUAGCCUUACAAUGAAAAGGAAAUGCAAUGACAUGGAGCAAAGUGUCCUCUCAAUCCCCAGCCCACUGUUUGUAUUGUGUACAAUAUGAAGGGUUGUUUAGUUGUCUUGUGCAUUCAGUUAAUCAUCCAGGUAACGGAGAAACAGGUGAAUAUUUUUGUAUUUAUUGUACAUUUGUAACCAAAAAAAGAGCAGACUAUUUAUUUCGUUCCAUUAAACAUGUAAAGUACCACUUAUUGUGCUUAAGUCCUGGAUGUACCGAUAUAUAAAAAUGAAACCACAGUAGAUCUUCUUUGUUUGCAUAUUAAGUCUUACUUUGCAGACCUACUUUAUGCCAACAAUGACUGCUGUACUGAAGGAAGGGAAGUCACUGUGCCACCUUUGUAAUGUUAUUGUAAAACAAAAACCCAAAGUAGAUCACUACCUCUACAUUGUGGAGUUCAUACUAGCCAUAUGCUUUGUUGCAUGCUUUGUAUUUUUGCAGUGGAGAUGGAUGUUGCAGCACUUUGUAUACUUCAUUAAAUGUUACAAAUAACAUUCUGUAUGUUUAUUUUAGUUUUUUUCCCAAGGGAGCAGUGUGAAAAACUUAUUUUACACAAUGGCAGAUCACAAUCUAAACCCAUCCAUU